CCCUGUUGAGGAGGACAGAGAUACAAAGAUAAAAGAUGAGAAAGGCCGUGCAGGUAGUGGUUCUGGCAGAAAUUUGUGGGUUAGUGGACUUUCAUCCUCUACUAGAGCUACAGACUUGAAGAAUCUUUUCAGCAAGUAUGGAAAGGUGGUCGGUGCAAAGGUAGUGACAAAUGCUCGCAGUCCUGGUGCUCGCUGUUAUGGCUUUGUUACGAUGUCAACGUCUGAAGAAGCCACUAAGUGUAUUAAUCAUCUCCACAGAACAGAGCUGCAUGGAAAAAUGAUUUCUGUGGAAAAGGCAAAAAAUGAACCAGCUGGGAAAAAGCCUUCAGACAAAAAGGAAGGUGAAACAAGGAAGGAAAAAGACAGACACCAUUCUGCAGAGUCCAAAUCUGAGAAGUCUGUUGGUAUUAAGAAGGAGGAGAAGACUGACAAAAAAGAUGAUGCUAAGAAAUCGGAGAAAGAUGGAAAAGACGAAAAAGAAGGAAAAGAGAAAGACGAACAAAAGGCUGGAUCCUCUGACAGAUCUAGGGCAAGCAAAUCAGCCAGUCGAGGAACUGAAAGGACAGUGGUAAUGGAUAAAUCUAAAGGAGAACCAGUUAUUAGUGUGAAAACAUCUACAUCAAAAGAGAGGAGUACAAAAAGCCAGGAUCGCAAAUCCGAGAGCAAAGAAAAGCAAGAUAUUUUAUCGUUCGAUAAAAUCAAAGAACAGCGAGAACGUGAACGUCAGAGACAGAGGGAGCGAGAAAUCAGGGAAACGGAAAGGCGCCGAGAGAGAGAGAGACGAGAACGAGAACAACGCCUUCAAGCUAUUCAUGAGCGGGAUGAAAGACAGAGGCUCCAGAGAGAGCGAGAACGACUUGAAUUUCAACGGCAGCGUCUUGACAGAGAGCGCUUGGAGAGGGAGAGAUUGGAGAGAGAAAGAAUGCACAUAGAGCAGGAAAGGAGACGAGAACAGGAACGAAUCCAGCGAGAAAGGGAAGAGCUGCGACGUCAGCAGGAACAACUACGCUAUGAACAAGAACGGCGAUCUGCCAUGAGAAGGCCUUAUGAUCCUGAUGGCAGGCGUGAUGACCCAUACUGGCCAGAGGCGAAGCGAAUGGCAAUGGAUGAUAGGUAUCAUUCUGAAUUUAGUCGUCAAGACCGCUUCCACGACUUUGACCACAGGGAUCGUGGCCGAUACCAAGAUCAUUGUUUGGACAGAAGAGACGGUUCAAGAGGAAUACCAGAUCGAGAUGGGCAGCAUUACCCAGAUGAACGCCACGGAGGGCCUGAUCGUCACUCCCGGGAUAGUUGGGGUGGCUAUGGGUCUGACAGAAGAAUGAGUGAAGGGAGAGGGAUACCUCCACAAACCCGAGAUGGACGUGACUGGGGAGAUCAUGGUCGAAAGUUAGAGGGGCAUCAAGAUCGUUCAUGGCAGGGAAAUGUGGAUGGAGGAAUGAUGGGACGGGAUCAUGAGAGAUGGCAAGGUGGUGAUAGAAGCAUGCCUGGUCACUCAGGACCAGGCCAUGUGAUGAAUCGAGGAGGGAUGUCGGGGCGCGGAGGCUUUACGCAAGUUGGAAACCAGAGCCAGGUGAUGCAGAGUAGCGGAAUACAAGGAGUGUUUGCAGGUCAGGAGCGGACAAACAGACCGACUGAACCCCGUUUUACCCGCCGCUACUGA